GGAGCUUGCGGGAAGUUUUGGGCUAAAAAAUCACCUUUUUGCUGCCAGCCGAGCCCGACGUCAGGGGCCGCUGUGCGCUGCGCGGGGGCUCCGCACGCGGCCGCCACACAAAGGCAGCAGCUCCGCUCCGCGCAUCGCACCGCAGGCAGGAUGCAGGUCCGGAGCCUCCUCCUCCUCCUGGCACUGAUGCUGCUGGCCGCCACCACCGAGGCUGGCAAGAACAAGAAAGAGAAGGUGAAGAAGGAUGUGUCCAAGUGCGAGGACUGGCGCUGGGGACCCUGCGUCCCCAACAGCAAGGACUGCGGGCUGGGCUACCGCGAGGGGACGUGCAAGGACGAGAGCAAGAAGCUCAAGUGCAAGAUCCCCUGCAACUGGAAGAAGAAGUUUGGAGCCGACUGCAAGUACAAGUUUGAGAGCUGGGGGGGGUGCAGUGCUCAGACGGGUGUGAAGACUCGCUCUGGCAUCCUGAAGAAAGCCCUGUACAAUGCCCAGUGUGAGGAGAUCGUCUACGUGACCAAGCCCUGCUCGUCCAAGAUCAAGUCAAAGACCAAAGCAAAGAAGGGCAAGGGGAAGGACUAGAGCGGGAAGCCAGGAUCCUCAUCGGCCCCUCGACAAGGUGCCUACGGGGCUGGACACCCAGCUGCAGCCAGCCCAUGCUCCAGUCUUCCUCCUCCUCCUCUUCUUCCUCCUUCCCAUGACCUCCUCUUUCACUGAGAUGCCUUGUUUUAAUCACUAGUGUUGUAGAGAGCAAACCCACCCACCCUGCAGGAGUGGCUGCCCCACUGCUGGUGCCAUCCCAUUCGGCUUUUCUCAGCUGAUGUUGGGGUUCACUGGGAUGCACUUGGAGAGCUGGGAUGGGAACACACAUCUUUUCACCCUCUGGCACUAAUGAGGCCUAUAGCGCAUCCUUUGGCACCCAGGAGCCUCCUUGCUCCUCCACCAGAUACCAGUGCAGGAGGGAAGGGCUGGGGAUGCCCAAGUUAUCCCAUCACUCAUGGCCCUCACUCACAUGGGGACUGCUCUUGGCUCAGGGUGGCUUCUUCUCACAUUCCUUCAGCCAGGGCACAACUUCCCUGCAGCAGCUGGGGAAAGCAAAGCCACUGUCCCAAGAACUCCUGCAUCCCUGUUCUCCAUCACUUAAAACCUUGUGUGUCCAUACCAGGGCUGUGGCCCCUCCUGCAUCAAUGCACUACCACCAGUGCUGGGUGGGAGCUCUCAAUUCUUUUGGAAAACGGGGCUUGUUUUUUCUUUUCCAAUAAAAACCUUUUACAAGAA